GUCGGACGCUUAACCGACUGAGCCACCCAGGCGCCCCAACUCUGUUUUAGAUCCAGUCGCGAUCUACUCUGAUUUUUUUUUCCUCCUGAUAAUAGAAAGGUGUAAAGAGGGUACAGUGACCCUGAAGAAAAGUCUUCUUAAUGGCUCAUGGACUAACCUUUUUUUUCUGAGAUGGCAGAGACCAUGAUUGAGGGAAAUUCUUUCCGUGACCUAGAUUUUUGGCAAUUUGUUACAAAUAACUCUUGUCCCCCAAAAGAGACGGGGUCCUCGAGUCUUCUUAACGGGGAUAAGGUUUUAUCAUUAUUUCCCAUCCAGAAAGUAUGACCCUUCUCUCCUUUCGCCCCAGAAGAUCAUGUUAUAAAGUAUUCUGCUCUUCCUGCUUUUAGGUCUCAGUUCCAUCUUAGGCCAUGUCAUUGCUACUGAUUAUUACAACUUUAAAUUGGCUUUCCGGUUUGUAGAGCAUUAUUUGGUAUUGCCCCUAUUCACAUUAUGUAUUUAGAGAUUAAAUCACUUGCUUAGGAUGACUUGGUACAAGAAAUACCAGGAUCGUGAAGAUGGUGUUCGUUGAGGUCAAACCUUUACUUUCCCUACAGAGUCUUGCUGUUUUGCACAGGUAUGCAAUUGGAGAUAUUUGUGGGGGUUAAUGAAGAAAAACAAAGGAGUUGAGAGAACUAGAAGAAGACCUACAGUGAUCUGGGUCCUAACAGUGAUGGCUGUUCUUAGACCCUGUCUAUGACUUCUCCAACAGAAGUGUCUGGCUACCGAAAGGCCGAGUCUGGCUACAACCUUGGGAGCUCUACGUCUGCCUUUGUGUCAUUUUGUUCAUGUUUGUUCUUGGACUUUCACCUGUACCUGUGUCAAACUUCUUUGAAAAAGAAAGAUUUAUAAAUGCGAUAUUCAGAUAUUCUGCCAUUCUGGCAUCGAAACUUGAGCUCUCUUUCAUACCUAGAAAAAUGACUUUUCCAGGUACAUCCUCAAGUAUAUGGGUGUUACAGUUUCUCACCCAUCACCUAUGAUGAUAUUUGUUUCAUUAAACAUCAUCAUCAUCAUACUAUUUUAAAUCACAGGGAACUAUUUCAAAAUGACUAGUUCCUUUUAUCUAGUACCCAUCAGAAUUAUAUACUGUGGUCUCUUAAGAGGCAUAUUACACUAUUAGGUUAAAGGAAUAAAGUAACGAAGAAUUAAUAAAUGUAUUUUUGUCUUGCUAAGACCUAAAGGUUUAAUGAUUAACAGAGUAAUGUUAAUUCAUUAAAGUAAUUUUAGAAGAUCAUACAUGUGCUAAGCUUACAAGGUCUCUGAUGCACUUUUGUUCCCUGUGCUAUCCCAGAAAAGCUUUGAUUUAUAAGGCUUAGUUUUUUUAACGAGUCUUUAAGGAGAUGAAACAACUCCAAGGUCCUUAUGGAAUUUUGUAAAAUUUAUUUUCUCGAGCUCUUCCUCUUAGUCCAUCCUAAAAAGUCUUUGAACUUCUGAGCUUAUAUCUCUGUAUAUUCACCCAUAUGUUCUUUGUCCCAGAAAAUGUUGCCCUAUUUUAGGAUUACUUUCUAAAGAUCAAAAUUGUCAGGAUGAUCGGUGACAAAAAAGCAGCGGAGUGGCAGUGCCAGCCUUUCCUAGUUUUGAUAUUCCUGUGGUCUUUGUCUCUAGGUCAGUGUAAGUUCCUGCCAAGGUAUCAUUUUGCUAAGCCUAAAAUUCAGAGUGAUCAGUCUGAGUUUGCUGUUGGGACAUCUUGGGAAUAUGAAUGCCUUCCUGGGUAUAUCAAGAUGUCAUUCCUUAUCACCUGCCUAAAAACCUCCAAGUGGUCAGAUCCUCAGCGAUUGUGUCAACGUAAAUCAUGUGGGAGUCCUGGAGAACUCCUCCAUGGCUCUGUCCUCAUACCCACGGGUGUCCUGUUUGGGUCAACAAUUACAUAUUCUUGUGAUAAAGGAUAUCGACUCAUUGGUGAUUCAUCUGCUACAUGUAUUAUCUCAGACAAUAUUGUAACCUGGGAUAAGGACAUGCCUUUUUGUGAAUCUAUUCCUUGUGCACCACCCCCAGCCAUCUCCAAUGGGGAUUUUUACAGCAGCAGUAGAGAGAACUUUUACUAUGGAAUGGUGGUGACUUAUAAGUGCCACGUUGGACAGAAUGGAAAAAAGUUGUUUGACCUCGUGGGUGAGAAGUCCAUAUAUUGUACCAGCAAAGACAAUCGAGUUGGCAUCUGGAGUGGCCCUCCCCCUCAGUGUAUUACUUUAGUCAAGUGCCCAAUUCCAGAAGUCGAAAACGGAAUUAUAGAAUCUGGAUUUGGACGUUCAUUUUAUUUAAAUGAUACUGUGAUGUUUAGGUGUAAGCCUGGCUUUACCAUGAAAGGCAGCAACAUAGUAUGGUGCCAAGCAAACAGCAAAUGGAAUCCUCCACUGCCAAAGUGCUUUAAGGGGUGUCUACCACCUCCACCUAUCAACCAUGGUAGUUAUAACAUCUUGGAUAAGGAAUUCUUUCCAAUUGGACAGGAAGUGUCCUACAGCUGUGACCCCAGCUACACCCUCAUUGGAACUAACCCUAUUCAGUGUACAUCCUUGGGAACCUGGAGCCAUACAGCCCCUGAAUGUGAAGCAAAAUCAUGUGAUGCCAUUCCAAACCAACUUCUCAAUGGCCGUGUGGUGGUCCCCCCUAAUCUCAAGCUUGGGGCAGAGGUUUCGUUUGCUUGUGAUAAGGGGUACCGAUUAAAUGGCCAAUCUUCUAGUCAGUGUGUCUCAGAAGGAACGAGAGUACUCUGGAAUAAUAAGUUUCCUGUCUGUGAACGAAUUUCUUGUGACCCUCCUCCUCCUAUCAAAAAUGGUUGGAGUAGUUAUUCUUCUGGUCCCAUACCUCUUAACACUGUGAUACGGUACACUUGUUCUGGUAACUUCCGCCUCAUUGGAGAAAGAGUCAUUUUUUGUAUAAGUAAAGACCAAGUGAAGGCCAUCUGGGAUAAAGGUGCUCCUGUAUGUGAAUAUUAUAAUAAAAAUUCUUUUUGCUCCGAGCCCAUAGUACCAGGGGGAUACAGAGAUAAAACAUCUAGACCACCAUACAGACAUGGUGAUUCCGUGACAUUUACCUGUAAUACCAACUUCACCAUGAAAGGCAACAAAUCUGUUUGGUGCCAGGCAAAUAGAACCUGGGGGCCAACACCACUACCCAUCUGUGAGAGUGAUUUCCCGCAGGAGUGUACAUCGCUUCCCAAGAUCCCCAAUGGACAUCACACAGGGGAGAGUGUUGGCUCCUUUGCCCCAGGAUUGUCUGUGACUUACAGCUGUGAACCUGGUUACUUGCUUGUUGGAGAAAAGACCAUUAGGUGUCUGUCUUCAGGAAAGUGGAGCGCUGCUUUUCCCGGGUGUAAAGAGGCAGAGUGUGAACCUCCAGGACCGUUUCUCAAUGGAGAGAUAGAGGGCCCUCCAAGUCUUCGGGUUGGUGUAACUGUGAACUUUUACUGUAAUGAAGGGUAUUGGUUACAAGGCCAACCUUCUAGUCGGUGUGUAAUUGCUGGACAGCGUGCUUCUUGGACCAGGAUGCCAGUGUGCAAAGAAAUUCUUUGUGGGCCACCUCCUUCUAUUCUCAAUGGAAGGCAUACAGGCAACCCUUCAGGGAACAUCCCAUAUGGAAGCAUGAUCACUUAUGCUUGUGACCCAGACCCAGAGAAAGGAGUGAGCUUCAUCCUUACUGGGAAGAAAACCAUCCAUUGUACCGCCAAUAGUCAGAAGACUGGAGGAGUCUGGAGUGGCCCUGCCCCACGCUGUGAACUUUCUAGCUCUGCCAUUCAGUGUCCACCUCCCCAGAUCCCAAGAGGCCACAUAUCAUCUGGAUGGAAAGAGCAAUAUUCCUAUAAUGAGACCGUGGUAUUUGCUUGCACAUUUGGCUACACCAUGAAGGGCAGCAAGGUGACCCGAUGUAAUGGCCAAGGUGCAUGGGAGCCAUCGGUACCGGUCUGUGAAAAGGAGUGCCAAGCCCCUCCUAAAAUCCUCAAUGGGCAAAAGGAAGAUGGACACAUGGUCCGCUUUGACCCAGGAACAUCCAUAAAGUACCGCUGUGACCCUGGCUAUGUGCUAGUGGGAGAAAAAUCCAUACGUUGUACCUCUGAGGGGGUGUGGACACCCACCGCCCCCGAAUGCAAAGUGGCAGAGUGUGAACCUAUAGAAAAACAAGUCUUUAAGAGACCCCGGGAUCAGUUUAUUAGACCAGAUGUUAACUCUUCUUGCGAUGAAGGGUACCGGUUAGGUGGGAGUGUUUAUCAGUUGUGUCAAGGUGCGAUUCCUUGGUUUAUGGAACGUCGUCUUUGUGAAGAAAUCACCUGCCCGCCCCCUCCUGUGAUCUACAAUGGGAAACACACCGGGAGUUCCUCCAAAAAUGUUCCAUAUGGCACCACGGUCACCUACACAUGCAACCCUGGGCCAGAGAGCGGAGUGGAAUUCAUCCUCAUUGGAGAGAGCACCAUCCGUUGUAUAAGCAAUGACCAAGAGAGGGGCAUCUGGAGUGGCCCCGCCCCUGUCUGUAAACUCUCCCUCCCUGCUGUUCAGUGUCUACCUGCCCACGUGGCAAACGGAUACAAGAUAUCUGGCAAGGAAGCCCCAUAUUUCUACAAUGACAGUGUGACAUUCAAGUGUAAUAAGGGAUUUACUUUGAAGGGCAGCAGUCAGAUUCGCUGCAAAGCCAAUAACACCUGGGAUCCUGAAAUACCAGUCUGUGAAAAAGGCUGCCCGCCACCUUUUGGGCUCCAGCAUGGUCGGCAUACAGGUGGAAAUAGGGUCCUUUUUGUCUCUGGGAUGACUGUAGACUACACCUGUGACCCUGGCUACUUGCUGGUGGGAAACAAAUCCAUUCACUGUAUGCCUUCGGGAAAUUGGAGUCCUUCUGCCCCUCGGUGUGAAGAAGCACCGUGUCAACCUGUGAGAGAAGAUCUUCGAGAGCCUCCUGUUCACUCACACGUGGUACUGGUUAAUACGUCCUGUCAAGAGGGGUACCGACUGACUGGACAUGCUUAUCAGAAGUGUCAAGAUGCUGAGAAUAGGGUUUGGUUCCAAAAGAUUCCACUUUGUAAAGCUGUUCACUGCCCGCCUCCACCAGUGAUUGACCACGGAAGGCCCAGGGGUGUGAUGGCAGAACACUUCCUAUAUGGAAAUGAAGUCUCUUAUGAAUGUGACCAGGGAUUCUCCCUUCUGGGAGAGAAAAAUAUACGAUGCAUCAGUGAUUCUAAAGGACAUGGAUCUUGGAGUGGACCUACCCCCCAGUGCUUCAAAUCUCCUCCUGUGACCCACUGCCCUAACCCAGAAGUCAAACACGGAUAUAAGCUAAACAAAACUCGUUCUUCAUAUGCCCACAAUGACACAGUAUAUGUCGCCUGCAAUCCCGGCUUCAUCAUGAAUGGCAGUAACUUGAUUAGGUGUCAUACCAACAACCAGUGGGUGCCAGGUGUACCAACUUGUAUCAAAAUGGCUUUCUUAGGAUGUCAGCCUCCACUCGAUAUACCCAAUGGGAAUCACACUGGUGGAGAUAUGGCUCGAUUUUCUCCCGGGAUGUCAAUCCUGUACAGCUGUGACCAAGGCUACCUGCUGGUGGGAGAGGCAUUCCUCCUUUGCACACAUGAGGGAACCUGGAGCCAACCUGCCCCUUAUUGUAAAGAGGUGAACUGUAGCUCCCCAGAGUAUAUUAAUGGAAUCCAGAAGGGGCUGGAGCCUGGGAAAAUGUAUCAGUAUGGAGCUAUUGUCACUUUGGAGUGUGAGGAGGGGUAUACCCUGGAAGGCAGUCCACAGAGCCAGUGCCAGGAUGAUCACCGGUGGAACCCGCCCCUGGCUGUUUGCAAAUCGCCAGCCUCACUUGCUCCUCUUCUUUCUGGUCUUUCUGCAGGCUCAGUACUUCUUAUAUUCUUGAUUGGUGUCACCUUAUGCACGAUAUUAAAACACAGAGAACGGAAUUAUUAUACAAACAAAAGCCCUAUAGAAGGAGAUCUUCAUUUAGAAACACAGGAAGUCUAUUCUAUUGAUCCAUACAACCCGGCAAGCUAAUCGGAAGACAAACUGUGUGCCUUGUUUGGAUCCUACUGAACAUCAGUUGGGACGAAACGAUUUUAAUAUCAGCCAGUCUAUGAGUAUGGUCUCAACAUCAGUGAAAUGACUUCAUAAGCUAUGAUUUCCCAUAUGCACUUUCUCUCAAGCAGAACAAAGAAAGUUUGCUUGAUAAUAAAGAUGGGAUCCCAGUCUCACCGCCACACUCUCUUCAAGGACUUUUUUGACGCCUCCCCUGUGAUGUGCCUGGAGCCUGGCUAUGGCUACAAACAACAGAACUCCAUAAGUGUCGCCAUUUUAAUUAAGGAAGGCGCUAAAAAGCGCUGCCCUCCUAUCUCGACCCUUCUUUUGUAAUCAGCAUACUUACUGUCACCGUAUAUUUUUGGUUCUAGAGUGGUUUUAACUAUUUAAGCAAAGGAGAGAGGAUUUCAUGCAGUUAUGAUGGGCAUUCUUCUGUUGGGAAGUCUAAUUUUAUUUUAAUAGUAGCAUCUUGCUCUCAUAUGGUUAAACAUUUCACCUGUAUUUCCGCUUGUUUUGAGGGUUGUUGUUCUUUUUCCACAGUGUAUACUUUGCCUUUCCAUAAUCACUCAGUAAUUCCAAUUUGCACAUUUUUUUUUUCAUUAUAGGAGUCAAGUUUUCACUGUAAGGUUUUGGUGUACAAUUCAGGCUUUGGAUAUUUCCUUGGCAGUUUUGUCAAAGCUCUGUGUCCUUUAAUAAUGUGUACAGUGGUUACUCAAAUAAAUUUUAUCUUUUAACAAAAA